CUCUGUCUUCCCGCUGCAGCCGCCCGAAAAAAAAAAAAGAAGAAACCCAGCCAGCCUUUGAGAAACUGAUAAGGAGGCUUGAUUUUAUCCUUCUUUUCUUGUCUAAAAACCAGAAUUGAACCCAGAAAUCUCUCCCCCUUUGCUGGAAAUUCCAUAUCUGCCUUGCUCUGCUUGUCUUCACCGCCGGCUGCUAGUGGGUAUGGGUGAUUUCUGGGCAUUUUUCGGUAAGAACAGCCCCUAAUUCCUUUGUUCUUGCUUGAAUUGGCUUGGGUUAACUUUGAUUGCUCUUAUUUCCUUUAAUUUUGGGUAAACCCGUGAGUUCCCUGCAAGAUUUCUUCUUCCAUGCCGCCGGCUCUUUCCCCCCUGCAGCUCCGGUUUUAGCUGGAGAAUUAUGGUUCCCGAUCGUUCUGUCAGUUAGUACGUGAAUUGAGUGCUCGGUUUUAUGCGAGUGAGGAAGUGAAACCAAGGACGGGGAAACCACGGGAAGUGACGAGUUAGAAGGCUAGCCAUAUUGUAAUUGGAUAUGAAUUUUAGAAACAAUUCAUGAUCUUGUAAGCUAGAGUGUAUUUGGAGAUUUAUGAUAUCAGAGAGAUUUUAAAGAUUUGAUCUUCAGAUUUUGGUGGUAUCAGAUUGUAGUGUGAUAAGUUCCGAGCCUUGUGCAUUUGUGGGACCCGUCUCACGAGUGCACGGCGUCUGUUGCGCCUCGAAUUUGGGUUUUGGGGCGUGACAGCUAGAUUGGAUUUACAACUGUAUUGCAAUAAAUCUGAACUAGAAUUGAUACCUCAAGAUGAUGGAACAGCUAUAAAACCCAAUGCUACAUAUGUUCUUACUUGAGAGCAAUGAGCUCUUAUUUGUUAGUGGCUGAAGGAAUUGAGAUUUCCAGAUGGGUGUGCAUCCAACAUAGCACAAUGUGUUAACAUGCAGGAACUUCAAUUGUUUGGGAUGAAAAGCCAUGAUUGUCAGAGUUUUAACUGCUCCAAUUAUUCAAGUCAGUAACAUGAAGAUGUGGGAGGAAAAAAUUGUUGAGACCAUUUGCAAGCUAGAGAAAGUAUUCCCACCAGCAUUCUUUGACUCGAUGGAGCAUUUGGCUAUCCAUCUACCAUAUGAGGCAAAAGUUGGAGGACCUGUCCAAUUUCAUUGGAUGUAUCCUUUUGAAAGAAAAAUGCAUGACCUUAAGAAAACAGUGUUGAACAAAAAUUGUGUUAAAGCUUCGAUUUGCGAGUCUACUAUUCUUUCAAAAAUUACCUUCUUUUGCUUGCAUUAUUUUGGAUCUGACAUAGAGACAAGGUUGAAUCGUCAACCAAGAAACAUUGUCAGCAUGAAUGAUGAUAUGGAUAAUUGUUUGUCUAUCUUUAAACAUCGAGGUCAACCAUUAGGUGGAGAAAUGCGUAUGCGUGCACUGUCACCCAAAGAAUUAAAGGUAGCAGAACUUCACGUUUUGCUUAAUUGUGAAGAAGUUAAUCCAUGGAUUGCGGUAUUCAAUGGUUAUUGGGUUAAUGGAUUCCGGUUUCCUACUAUUGCAUAUGGACAAAAUAAAAAGACCAUGAAUAGCGGUGUUUGUGUGAAGGGAACCACUUUCAAUGACGAGUCAGAUUAUUAUGGGAGUUUGAAGGAAAUAAUUGAGUUUCAGUAUUUUGACUCAUAUGUUCGUCAAUCAGUGAUUUUGUUCAAGGGUGAGUGGUAUGAUAUCAACAAAGGCAUUGUGAUCCAUCCGACAUUUGGUAUAGUUGACAUAAAUCUUCGGUUUAAAUUACAAACAGAUGAACUAUUCAUAUUGGCCAGUCAAGCUCAACAAGUGUUUUAUGCCCAUUACCCAUCUCAAAAUCCUUGUAGAAAAGGGUGGUUUGCUGCAUGUAAGAUUAGAGUAAGAGCAAUAAUUGACACUUCAUCAUUGAGUGAUGGUGGAAAUGUUUAUUAUCAAGACGAUGAUCCUCCUAUGCCACAAUUGAUGCAACCCUCGACUAUUUUAAAUGAUCAUGUUUCACUAGCAUCUCAAGGGGGAGAACAAGUGGUGAUUAGUGAGGUCAUGCAAUUGCCAUAUGUUGCAGAGGAAGAAUGUGUGGGCGAGGAUGAUGAUGAAGAGGAAGAGUUUUAUGGAACGAAAACAUCAAAAGAAGAAGUUCCAAAUUACUUAACCGAGAGUGAUACUAAAAGAGGAGGAGUUAGGCAGACACCUUUAAAGUCGUACUUGUUGACUCACACGACUCAUCGACUUGAUGCUCUAGAAGAUGCCCCACCCACUUGGAUAUGUCCACAGGUUGAGCAGACAUAUAACGAUGCUCACCAAAAAUAUGUGGAGAAGCAUGAGCCAAACAAGGAUUCGUGGCCAAAAUGGGAUCCACUUCUCUGGAAAGAGGUGGUUAGACCUCCUAAAAAGGGUCAGAUGAGAGGAAUGUCUACAUUACAGGAUCUAGUAGAGCAUGGCAUCCCUUGGUGAUGAUAUGACAUGAGUGAGGUCUCCUCUUCUACCACCAGGAUUCUUACGACACAGGUCCAACAGUUGCAGUCUGAGUUUACUCAAGUUCGGGAAGAAAUGGCUGAGCGAGUUCAGACAGAGGCGUCUACACAUAUUCAUAUAGAGGUAUCACAGAGAGUAUUAAAGAUAAAGGCCAGCU